CCCAUACUACAGGCUGAGGUGAGUUUAUUUUGGUGCACAUUCGUCAUAAAUCAUUGGGUAUUAAAAUGGCAUAAUGCUCUAGUGCGAAAAGUAUUCUGAUUUUAUAUCGUGGCAUUUCUGCGAAAUAAUUUGGUAUUGCUAGACAACGGUUAUUCUAGUCCGUGUUUUUACUCGCAGUGUCGUAACGCUACAAGUGCAGUGGUGCAAUAGGGGUGGUUUCCACGAUUUCAAUCGGGUGAACUCGGUGAUAAUGUAUCGACGAGAAGAAAAUUUCUCAUCUUCUAAGCGUUUCCUCAACACUAAUAUGAAUAAAAAUAACGAAAUUUAUUCAUUCAAGCAAAAUGUGUCACGUACUUUUACUGCAGAAACGAAGAUCACUAUGCUGAUGCUUUGUUUUUCUCUUGGGAUACUCUUUACGAAGAUUGGGAAUACAUACGGCCGUACAAUCAGGAAGUUAUCUCAGGCAUGGUGGCUCAGACUCGAAGAUGUGGUGAAGGUCCUCGUGGAACUUGUGGGCCAGUCAAGCUGGAUCCUGGUGCCGUUCCUGACGGCAGUGCUGAUAGUUGUCAUCUCCUGGCUGGUGAUAUACAUGGACAGCGCGGUUCCCGGGGUCUCGCCCCCCACGCCGCUGUCCCCUAAGCGCUACCGGGUUGAAUCUGGCCAUACAUUGCAUUCUGGAUAUGCAUUAGCAAUCAUUGGAGGUGUGAUCAUCUUCAUCCUGAUGCUGAUUAACUGGAGCAGUUAGACUGUCAAGAAUGAAGCCCAUGACAGUUACUGACAACAUGUAGCAGAUUGGUGUUACAUUCAUCUAUGUUUACGUACAUAAGCUUGUUGGCAUAGAAUUGGUUAUUUACUGUUUCUGUGUUGUAUACCACACAUUGGUAUUUUUUUUUUUUAACCUCGAGUAAUUUUGGAAUGUCAACUAUCCUAAAAGACUGUAUUGUGUGUUCCCCACGUCAUCGUCACAUUUUAAUUUUGUAAAUUUGAACUGUCUCUGGCAGCUUUAAUUUCAAGGUGCCAGCUAUCAGAUUUUUGAUUACGUCUUGCCAUGCUUAUUUUUUUAAAUUUUUUCGUCAUUACAUUUAUUUAAGGGAUAUUUUUAAAAAUCUUAACUCAAUACCUUCCUUGCAUAUGUUGUUCGUUUACAAAUAUUUUCAACAGAUAUUCAUUAAUGUAAUAGGUGUAAAAAGUUGUGCAAGUUAUAAUAAUAUUGAAGACUGAAGUGUCCUUUUACACUCAUUAUAUUACUCUAAGUGAAUAAAUAAAUGUUGAAUAUAGUUGUGACCGAAUAACAAAUACAAGGGAGGUAUUGAGUUAGAAAUUGUAAUAUGCCCUUAAAAAAAUUAUGACUAAAAAAUAAAAAAGAUCAACAUGGCAUGUGAGAAAGGACCUUAAGAAAUGUUUCCUCUCCUGUGUUAGUAAUUGUAUAAUGUUCAAUGUACUUAAGGUUUAUUUAGCUCUAGUUGAUCGUUGCAAGAGUGCUUUAAAAGUGCAGAGUUGACGAUUAAGGAACAGCUGUGUUUAUAGUGGUCAAAUCACUUGUCUCCCACCAUGUUUGAUUUCCGGCGGUCUAACCCGAAUUUUUUACAAGUGGAAAACUUGGAGUCAGAAGUUUGUGAAAUAGAUUGCCUGAAAGCUACACCUUCGAGGACCUCUUGAGGCAGUGUUGCCCCCUUGACGGUGGUUGUCUCGCUAAAUAAAUAUUUAAUUUUAGUAAACACAUGUAGAAAGGUACCUGUAUUUAAGAUUUCCCAGUACCGUUUCGUGAAAAAUUUGAUAUUCAAUACAAAAUUUUGUUUUUGAUUAAUUUUUUUAGUUAUUUGUUACCAAUAAAUAGGCCUGCACCAUUUGUUACUCAUUCACAAAUAUUUAUUGAAAAAUAUGUGACAUAAAUAUUUUGCUAAGAUCUUUUACUGAGAUGUUUAGAUUUGCUAGUACAUGCAUGAUUAUUCACACAUUGUUUUUAUAUUUAACAAAUAAUCAUUGUUUAAACUAAAAUUUUACUGGUUUAAGAAGAUGCAUUGCCAGGUUUUUUUAAUUUGCCUUAAAUUUCACACCUGUUUAUUAUGGUUCUAUGUAUAAUACCUACUCUCUUUUUUAUUUUACUAUAUCUUGGAUCAAUUUCUCUUGGACUUGCGUGAAGUGUGAAAAAUAAGUUUCACUGUAUGUUAAAAUUUGAAGAAAAAAUUUUUCAAUGUUCGUGAAUAUUGUGAUAUUUGAUUCAUAAUUUGUUUCAAAAUUCAAUUUUAUUGAACAAAAACAGUACUCACAGAAGCCUAGUGGGUUUUCUUGAGGUGAUACUCCAUUUUUUCCACUCGGUCAUUUAGUCAAUGCUCCAAUCUUAUCUCACCCUUCUUUAUCUCUGAUCAAUGAGACUUAUAGUCCUAUUUAAUUCAUAUACUAUACACCCAAGUGGAUGAUUAAGUGGCAGUAUAGUUAGUUUAAGGUUUUCAUUAAUAUUUUUUAGGGGAGACUUUGUUAACAAUAUUAAGAGAGGAGUCUUGAUAGCGCUAAAAUUAUCUAUUUUCAAUGUAUCAUGUUUUAAUAAAACCAUCCUCCAUUUUUCCACUUUACUGUUAAAAUUGAUGAAUAUGAAAUAGUGUUUUGAGCCGAUACAAAUGGAAUUAGUUGUGUGGAAAUUUUUUUGUGAUUGGGGAUUAUUUGAUGGCAGUAUGAGCAGUAUAAUCUAAAAUUAAUAGAAUUUUUUUUUAUUAAAACAAUUUUGAUGGAUUCCUACAAAGAAUAAAUUCUUAUAUUUAUCUUUGUUAUGAACUGAAGUGAGUUUAGUAAUUAUUAAAAAUUAUUAUUUUUCAUCACAUAAAAAUUGAAACAGAGUACAUCUUCCACUUUUUUCUGGAAGAGUAGGCAUACUGUUUUCAUUGUGAAUAUUAGACAAACCUAUAUUUAAAACUUAACUAUCAUGCUUUUCUUUCUACAAAAUGGGUGCAUUAAAAUUCAUAGCUUUAAGAAACUAUCUUAACUAUAAAGUAGAUUGUAGUGUAAUUUUUUAAAUAGUGCCAAUAGUGGCAAUGAUUUAUUAGAUAUGAGAAAGUUUAUACCAAAAAUAUAUACCAAUAUUUGACAUUUAGUGGGCUCAAGUCAUCCAGUCACCCUAAAUAAAAGGUUUGGUACAUUUGAAUAUGUGUGCGAUGCCACUAAUUUUUGUAUGUAAACUUCAUACAGAAAUCAUUAAGGUACUGAUAGGUACAUAAGUUUCAUGCAAAUUAAUAAGAUUAAAUUACUUUUGUGUUUGUAUUCACUAUUUCUAUUUAUGGCUGUGGUGAAUCCUAUUUAGUUCUCAAUAUUAGAGUUUUUAAGAUACAAAUAUUUUGCUUUUUCUUUAGAAUGUAACUAUCAUGUAUAGUUAAUUGAACAAUCACCAGUUCUAAUAAUUGGUUGAUCUAGAUCUGAAGACUAGAUUUCUGAUCGAAAUUGAUUGACUUGCUGCUUUAAUAGGUUUUUUUAUGUAGUCAGCUUACAUCCGACAAUGAUAUGCUGAUAACAUUUUAUACAUUUACCAAGAUUCUUCAAGACAGAGCAUUAUUAUACUUGAUUAGUGGUCACUAUUUUGUGUUAACAUAUUUUUUUUUUUUUGUUUUAAAUGAUCACUGUAAUAUUAUGAGUACAUAUUAUGUUUUUUUUUAUAGUUAUAACAGUUGAUUAUCAGAAAGAUACAUAUCUGCCAUACUUAGACUAAAAUUGGCUGUCAUCUGACUAUAAUUGGCCGAUAAAAAUUUCAGACUGAUACCACACAAUUUUGUAAAUGAAAUAUGUUAGUAUAGUCUACUUUAUGUACAAAUUUUUCCAGAUGGAUUUAAAAUAACCAAAAAAUUAGUAAAACCUUAUGAAAUGAGAUAAAAUACAGCCAGCUAUAUUUUACUCACAAGAUACAGGCUUUAUAUGAAGCUGGUAUGUGAUGUCUGAAAUUGGAGAUGUUUUUUUUAUGAUUGAAACAUUUUUCAAAAUUGUUAUGAAUUCAGCUAAUAACUAAUAUGAAUUUUUGUUCAUAGGCAUACACGUAUUAAUUUAAAAAAAAAUGUUAUUUGUUUAAAACAACUUAAGUUCUUUUUUUUAUAGAUAUGAAGGUUUAUUUUAUUGAUAUGUAAAACGUUAUGUAAAUGUUAGCAUUUCAGUUCAAAUCCAAUCCAAAGGAAUGCUAUUUAGAAUUAAGCAGAGAAAUUCUCAGUAGCUACAUUUCUUAUAAAGAAAGUCUACCCUACUAUUUGUAAAUGUCAAUUCAAUAAUGUAGCACAUAACUCUGCUGUUGUUAUUUUUUGCAUGAUGUAAGCUGAAGGGUUAGUUUGCCUGUUUUUUAAAGUCUUAUUAUAGUUAGCAUGCUUAAAGAGUGGUGGAGGUAGUCUUUGAAAUAAAAAGUAUUAUCAUGAAUCAUACUCAUUCAGGGCCGCAACUAGGUGGGGGGGGGGGGG